AUGGUUACCUCUGGAUCUUCCUCUGAAUCUCCCCGCGGAGCUCCUAGCAACAUUGAUGCUUACGCCCUAUUUGAGGCUCUUACGGGCCACAAGAUCGACAGGCGCUAUAUCCCCUCCAGGACCAUGUCCGAGGACUACGAGGUCCUCGGUGACGAUAGGGAUGACCGCCCUCUCCUCGGCCAGGAGCCUUCUCCCGACGAGCCUCCAAAGGACGUAUUCAUCGGUGCCGUCAACCCGUACGCUCUGGUUGAGGCCAUGAUCGGUCACAGGCUGGACCGCCGCUCCCUGUCCACCGCGCGCAUCAUCGCGGACGUCCUGCAGACGGACUACGAGGAGCUCUUCGACCUGAAGCACAACUCGGUGCUCUUCGCGGGCCUCAAGCUCAACGAGGAGAACCGCGAGGCCGAGGAGCUCAACGAGAAGGACAUACAGAUCCUCGAGGAGCGCGACCUCGUGACCCCGGACCUGUCGCGCGUCAAGAAGAUCGACGACCUCGAGAAGAUCGGCCUCAAGGGCGUCGGCGACAUCCGUGUCAAGAUGGCGCGCAUGCAGAACGGCAAGCUGCGCCUCGUGCUCGACGGCAAGUCGCUCGGCAAGACUGUCGGCAACCACGACGUCACGCAGACCAUCAACGAGCUCGUGCUCCCCUUCCGCCACGGCGAGGAGGGCGGCCACUGGUCCCCGCCCAACAGCUCCUGGCGCGACAUGAGCGAGGUCAUCUUCCGCGCCUUCCCGCGCCGCUCCCUGAUGGACGGGGUGCCGCCCUUCGCCGUGCACGGCGGCGGCAUCCUGUCUCGCCACCAGCUCUGCGAGCAGUACCAGCACCGGUUCGACGACCCGACCCAGGGCGCCUCGAGCGACAGCUGGCUGAUCGCGGCCAUCUUCUCCGUGUUCUGGGCGAACCCGGCCAUGAUCAACCGGUCGACGCGGAUGAUUUCGGGGCCGAUGGACCGCGGGAACAACAACGGCGACGACGACGAUAACAACGGGGGGAACGAUCGUCGACCCACCCUCAGCGUGCGCUUCCACGACAAGGGCGGGCGCAACAACGCCGACACGGACACCGUCGAGGUCGACUACCAGGUGCCGGUCAACAACACGACCGACAUGCCCAUCUACGCGCGCUCGAGCGACGGCUACGAGACCUGGCCCGCCCUCUACGAGAAGGCCUUCGUCAAGUGGAUGACGCGCUCCGAGGACAAGGGCCGCGUCGACUUGACGCAGGCUCAUAGCGGCGACCCGAUCAAGGCCAUGGCCCAAAUCAACGGCCGCGAGCCCCGCUACUACUUCACUGACCGCCACUCCGGGGCCGAGCUCGUGGGCCUCGUGCGCUCGUGCAGCGUGAACAAGCGCACCAUCAGCCCCAUGGCCGCGUGGACGCACGCCACGGGAGACAUGUUCCGCGGCAGCAAUUUGGUCGCUAACCACGCGUACUCGGUCCUGGGCUGGGUCAGCGAGGGCCAGGAAGAGAACCAAUACAUCAUCAUCCGAAACCCGUGGGGCGUCACCGAGCCCCGCGGCCUAACGUCCUACCCCGGCCUCCUCGACCGAGUCGAGCCAGAAUUCUGGCCGCCAGCGGCCCUUCUUGACCGCGAUGGCGUUUUCAGCGUCGAAGUUCAGGCUUUCAAGAAGUACUUCGCCUGCAUCGGCGUUGCCAAGUAA